UAGAAAUGAGAUGAAAAAAUCAUCCAGAAUUAAAACCGUUCUUCAGAGUCUCCCGGCUGCUGCUCUGCUUCUGCUCCAAUGUUCAGCCUCGUCCCAUUUCCCUUUUUUUUCGUUCUUAUUUCAGAAUUUCACCUUUCAACAACAUCUGACAGAAAGUAGAGUAGCCCACUGGUUGAUUCAGAAUUCAGAUCAGCCAAGCCAUGCAUGAAUGCUGUUGCUUAUUAUUGACUCGAUCCUAACGCAGUAGGAUAAGAUCAUCAUUUCAUUUUUGUGUGGCAAGCAAAUUAAAGGAUGUGGGAGUUCUCGGUUGGGCUCUACAUGAUCCGCAUCUGGCCGGGCUCCCUCCUCUUCCCGGCGAUUUACGGGGUCGUUGAGUCGUCCUCGGUCGCCGUAUUUGGCCCAAUGGUUGGGACACUCGUCGACAAGCUUACAUACCUUCAGGCUCUAGGCCUAUGGCUGCUAGUCCAAAGCUUAUCCUUCAUCGUCGCCGGAGCCUCAGUGACCGCCCUGCUCGUCUAGGACGACCUGAAAGCCACCAGCUUCCCGGUAUUCAUGGCGCUCGUCGUCGUCACCAACGUGUCAGGCGCCCUUGCAGCGCUCUCGACUCUUGCCGGCACCAUUCUGAUCGAGAGAGAAUGGGUGGUGGUGAUCUCGUGCGGGCACCCGCCGGCGGUGCUGACGGGGAUCAACUCGGUGGUCCGGCGGAUCGACCUGAGCUGCAAGCUGCUUGCCCCGGUGUUCUCCGGCCUGGUCUUCAGCUUCGUGUCCGCGCAGGCCUCCGCCGCGGCGCUGGCGCUGUGGAUUGUCGCCUCGGUGGGGCUCGAGUACUGGCUCUUCGUCUCCGUGUACAGCGGCGUGCCCGCCCUCGCCGCGGAGAACGGCCGGCGGCGGGCAGCGGACGAUGUGCUACUACCAUCGCCGGCGGAGGAGAUCGCCGCGCCGCCGGCUGAGAGGGCGGCGGAUUGGAGUUGGAGGACGCGGCUCUCGAUCAUACCGUGCUGUGAGUCGUGGGUGGUGUACGUGCGGCAGGACGUGGCCCUCCCCAGCGUCGCCCUCGCCUUCCUCUACUUCACCGUCCUGAGCUUUGGCACGCUGAUGACGGCGACGCUGGACUGGAAGGGCAUCCCUGCGUACGUGAUCAGUCUGGCGAGGGGCUUCAGCGCCGUCGUCGGCAUCUGCGCGACGCUGCUGUACCCGGCCGUGCACUCGCGGCUGUCCACCCUCCGGACAGGCCUCUGGUCCAUCUGGAUGCAGUGGUGCUGCCUGCUGGUGUGCGUGGCCUCGAUCUGGGCCGGCAGCGGCGUGGCGUCGGCGUGGAUGCUGAUGGCCGGCGUCGCGGCUGGGGCUCUGGAUGUUCGAUCUCGCCGCGAUGCAGCUGAUGCAGGACGGCGUGCCGGAGCACGAGCGGUGCGUGGUGGGCGGGGUGCAGAACUCGCUGCAGUCCGUGUUCGACCUCCUCACCUACAUCAUGGGCAUCAUCAUCUCCGACCCCAGGGAUUUCAGCGAGCUGAUCGUGCUGUCGUUCUUCCUGGUGACCUGCGCGGCGGCCAUGUACACGCUGCACGUCCACCGCGUGCGCAAGCACCUCUUCCACUUCGACAAGAUCCUCGCCAAGAUCAGCUGGUGAGAGAUCCCCCUGGCAGCCAUGGAGUCAGAACUCAGAACCUAAUACCCCACCAGUGAGGCGGUGACAUUGCUACCAACGGAGCUCCGGAUGAUGACUGCAUCUCAGUUGCUUUUAUUUUGGCUGCCGUCCAAUGCAGGAUCAAAGUUUCCUGAACUGAUUCCGGGCGGUUGAUGAGGACGCGGCCGGCGAAGAAUCUGCCCUGCUUCUGGCUACUGCAAAUUGCUGAUCUGCGACCGGGUUUGAAGCAACCAGAACAGAGUUACUGUACUGGCUGGUGCUGUAAACUGACAGUUGUGAUGUCCACAUGUGCAGUGUGUACAAAGUUGUACGUGUGGCUACCGCGUUUCAAGAUUUGGGGCUUGUACUCUGCUGGGAAUAAGUUUAAGUUUUUGUUUUGAAAUUGGAAUAAGUUUAAGUUUGUAAGCUGAAGAAUAUGUAGAUCCAUAUUGAUGAACGAAAAAGGAGGCAUACGGGCCAUUGCUACUAACCGAUGGCUGACACCUUGUCAGUUUCGUGC